AUGAAUCCUGUAAAUACAUUUGGUGCCCUUAAAGGUGCGAAAUUUGGGAAAUGGCUUAAUCUUCUAUAUUCCCCUUGCAAAGUAGAAGAGAUUCAGAUAAAGUUCGAGCUCUGUGUCAGGAUAUCAGCGAGUGCUGGGUCAAAUGAAAAUGGGGUUUCCCCUCAUAAGAGAGGCAUAAGAAAUGGACCAAAGGCUCUAAAACCAGCGCCAGUGAUUAUGCGGUGCAAGCCUACACUAUCCAAUGCUAAUACUCUUGAUGUUCCUCUUCUUGGAAAUAAACUUACAGGGUCUGUGGUCGAGUCAAAUUACCACAUUUCUUCUGCUGCAGUGGAAUUAAGCCUGUUGCACCUUAUGCUAGCUGAGUAUGAGAGGUUAAGUUGUACCAAAGAGCAGAGUUCUUUUGUUGAAAAUUUAUUCUUCCCUCCCUCUAUGGUAUUGGUAGCUGGACUUUCUUCAAAAAAGAAGGCAGGUUCAAGAGAUGGAGCUCCUCCUCUAGCUACGUUUUAUGUUGGUUUGAGUGCCAAUGGUGCUAUAAUUCAUUACAAGCCAGAGCCAGAUAGUUGUAGCGUUGUGGAUGGGAAGGAACUCUUCCUCUUAGACAGUGGAGGCCAAUAUAUUGAUGGAACGACUGACAUUACUAGGACAGUGCAUUUCGGUGAACCAUCUGCAAGAGAGAGAGAAUGUUUCACCCGAGUACUACAGGGUCACAUAGCACUUGACCAAGCAGUUUUCCCUGAGAAUACCCCUGGUUUCGUGUUGGAUGCAUUUGCACGGUCUUCCCUAUGGAAGGUUGGCCUUGAUUACCGGCAUGGAACUGGGCAUGGUGUAGGAGCUGCACUAAAUGUUCAUGAAGGCCCACAUAGCAUUAGUUUCCGCUUUGGAAAUAUGACUCCCUUAUUGAGAGGAAUGAUUGUCAGCAAUGAACCCGGUUACUAUGAAGACCAUCAAUUUGGCAUUCGAAUUGAGGUACUUUCCCCAUUUCUCCAUAUUCCGUACCUAUAAAGAAUAGAAAGCUAU